UGCUGACUACAGACCUCAGAGACCGUGCGCAGCCAGGACGAUGGCGACCGCGAUGGCUGCGAGCGCCGCGGAGCGGGCAGUACUGGAGGAGGAGUUUCGCUGGUUACUGCACGCUGAGGUGCACGCUGUGCUGGGACAGCUGCAGGACAUCCUCAAGGAGGCCUCUCUCCGCUUCACUCUCCCAGGCCCCAGCACCGAGGGCCCCGCCAAGCAGGAGAACUUCGUCCUGGGCAGCUGUGGCACAGACCAGGUGAAGGGGGUGCUGACUCUGCAAGGGGACGCCCUCAGCCAGGCGGAUGUGAACUUGAAGAUGCCUCGGAACAACCAGUUGUUGCACUUGGCCUUCCGAGAAGACAAGCAGUGGAAGCUGCAGCAGAUCCAGGAUGCCAGGAACCAUGUGAGCCAAGCUAUUUAUCUCCUAGCAAACCGGGGUGAGAGCUACCAGUUCAAGACGGGAGCGGAGGUCCUCAAGCUCAUGGAUGCUGUUAUGCUGCAACUGACUAGAGCCAGAAACCGGCUCACUACCCCAGCCACCCUGACCCUGCCAGAGAUUGCUGCCAGCGGCCUCACGCGGAUGUUUGCACCUACCCUACCCUCUGACCUGCUGGUCAAUGUCUACAUCAACCUCAACAAGCUGUGCCUCACUGUGUACCAGCUGCACGCCCUGCAGCCCACCUCCACCAAGAACUUCCGCCCCGCCGGAGGCGCAGUGCUCCACAGCCCUGGGGCCAUGUUUGAAUGGGGCUCCCAGCGCCUCGAGGUGAGCCACGUGCACAAGGUAGAAUGUGUGAUCCCCUGGCUCAACGACGCUCUGGUGUACUUCACCGUGUCCCUGCAGCUUUGCCAGCAACUCAAGGACAAGAUCGCUGUGUUUUCCAGCUACUGGAGCUCCCGGCCCUUCUGAGCAAGCACCUGAGUCUUCCCCAGGAUGGUAGCCCUGACCUGUAGUUCCUCACCGCAACACGUACCCCUGCAGUGCCUGUCACUUUUCUCCCUCCCCAUUUCCUGUGGUACUGAUGGAAGUGAACCUGAGAGGCACCUGGAGAAGUGGGGUGCUGGCUUGGUUUUGAUUAUGGGAGGGGGUGACUCAGUCAAGAAGAUGAGCUGAGGUGUGGCCAUGCUCCUAACCCUGCCUUCCUGGAUACGCCAGGAACCUUUGGACGAAGGGUGGGACCAAGCCCAGGCCUCUCCCGUCUCCCACCCUCUCAGCUCCCAUUAGAGAGUCCCUAAGGGAUGGGGUUAGCUCUCACCUAUGAGGUGGAGGAGGGAAGAGGGACCUGGGCCAGGGGAAGAGCCUGUAAAUCAGGUGCAAUACUGGGACCAUUUGUUCUGUGACCCCAACCCACCUCUAAGAAAUAAAAAUCAAGUUUUGA